CGUAGUCUUUGCAUUUCCCCAGGAAACAUUUGGAAAGUAUUCCAACAGGACUUUGAGAGGUGGACAGAGCAGUCUGCAAAAUAUGUGAUGGAGCUGCAAAGGAUGGCUGACGAGAUCGACAGUUAUCAUCAGAAUGCCACCAUUGCCAAUGUGGCGGGCUCUUCCGCGGGGCUGGCCGGAGGGAUUCUCAGCAUCGCGGGACUAAUCGCUGCGCCGUUCACCAUGGGUAGCUCGUUGCUGCUCACCGGCGUGGGGGUGACACUGGGAGCAGCCGGCGGGGUCACCAACAUAGUGUCCAACGUCUCCGACAACGUUAACCAGAAAAACAAGCGGAAAAGAGUGAAUGAAAUCAUUGAGGGGUACAAGGCAGAAACAAUGCGGCUGACGGACAAAUUAAUCCUGAUCAAAGAUUUACUCGAAUUUUUGACUGGAUGCAGAGAGGAAGGUUUAGCAAACAGCACAGCAAUCGCCAAAUCCUCCCACACUGUCAUGAAGAGCUUGAGUUGUAUUGUGGCGAUGACCUCAACGGUGAGCAGAAGCACGCUGAGGACAAUCACGGCCGUCUCAGGAGUCCUGGUCGGACUUCUCAUGAUCUGGGACAUCUAUUCCAUCGUGAAAGAUGCCAAGAAAAUUCACAGGAGACAAAGCACAGAAAUUGCUCAAAGACUCAGAGAGAUAGCUCAACAUAUUGCGCAGGAAAGGAGGUAUCUGAUAGACAAUAUACAAGUAUAUGAAUGUGAAUAUAACUGCGUGAUCAAUUAUAGCAUGAAGUCCACAUUAAAAUGGAAAACAUAUUGAAAGCACCCUCCCCAAAUUAAAAUAAACCAUUCUUACUCCUUGUAGGCCAUCUUUAUUUUAAGCUAAGGUUUUCUUUUAGUUUAAUUUAGUUGAGAGAUACAAGGCGGAAACAGGCCCUUCAGCCCACCGAUUCCUCGCCGACCAGUGAUCACCACACAAUAACACUAUUCUACACACACUGGGGGCAAUUUACAUUUUAUACCAAGCCAAUUAACCUACAAACCUGUACGUCUGGAGUGUGGGAGAAAACCGAAGAUCUCGGAGAAAACCCACGCGGGUCAUGGAGAGAAAGUAUAAACUCCAUACAGACAAGCACCCAUAAUCAGGAUCCAUCCCGGGUCCCUGACGCUGUAAGGCAGUAGCUCUAUCGCUAUGCCACACAUUUGUAAAAUUUUCAAAUAGUUUUAAAGUGAAAUGGAAAAGAUUUAAUACGAAUCUGAGGGGUAACUUUUUCACACAAAAUGUGGUGGGUGUAUGGAAGAGUUGCCAGAGGAGGUAGUUGAGGCUGGGACCAUCGCAACAUUUAAGAAACAGUUAGACAGGUACAUGGAUAGGACAGGUUUGGAGGGAUAUGCACCAAACGCAGGUAGAUGGAACAGGUGUAGCGGGGACAUAUUGGCCGGUGUGGGCAAGUUGGGCCAAAGGGCCUGUUUUCACACUGAAUCACUCUAUGACUCUAACUGAAAUAUGUGUGCGUCAAUGAAUAUCUUUGGAUAAUAUAUAAUAACCAAAGCCAAGAAUUAUGUCAUCUUCAGGCCCUGAGAGCUCUCAAGCAAAUUAAUGAAUCACCGGUGAAUGCUGAUAAAAAUCGACUCAUGUAUCUUGGAGGCUUAGAAGCAGUUUAUAAAAUGCAUCAAAAGCAAUAUUUGUGCAUAAUAGUGUAGAAUCAAAGAUGGGCAAAAGUACAUUUCACUUGGUGAAUAAGCUAUGGCAGCAGCAAAUCUAUUAAUAAGAUAAAGUACUGGUUCAAAGAAAAAAUGUGCAAAGAGUGAAGUCAUUGAAAGGAAAGGUAAUUAAAUAUUAUGACAUUGUAGUUCAGCUCCGAUUUAUAGAUUGUUAUGUCGAAGACAUGAGAAAACAGCUUAAAAUUUCUGCUCAGCAAAGUUUUUCACAGUAAUUUGGUGCAUGUUAUAGCAAUGUUACAAAAUGUUGAUAUUUUAAAAAUAUCAAGUCUGCAAUUUAUCCCAUCAGAUAAACCAUAAAAAGAAGUUUAAUUUGACACCUAAUUCACUUUCAUAUCUUCAGUAUUAAAAAAGUUAUGGCCAUUUUCAUACUCGGAAAUAAGCAUCUUGUUCCCUAUUGCUUUUCCAUUGACUUAACACAAAAGCUGUUUCCGAGGACAGUCAAAAGCCCAUAACUUUCUUAAAAAUCAAUAGAACUGAAUGACAUUUUCAGUUAUUAUAGAUUGAAGCAUUCCGAAACAAAUAUGAAACAUCUUACUUGGACGACCUGAAAUUAAAGCAUACAUUAGUUAAUUACUUAAUUGUAGUUAAUUACAAAAUUGACCGUUGUGACGGAAAUAGUAAUAAACACCCAGACUGCCUUGAAAAUUAAAAAAUGUGAUAUUCUCAAAAUCAUAAAUUUAAUAUUAUUUGCCCUUAUGAUAGAAUUACCCUCAACAGAGGCACUAAGAGAAGAUUGGGAACAUGAACUAAUGAGAAAGAUCCCGAAGGAUAGAUGGGAAAAGUAUCUGAUGAACACACAUAAUUGUUCCAUUAAUGAAAGACAUAAUUUAAUUCAAUUUAAAUUAUUACCUAGACUAUAUUAUUCAAAAACGAGGUUGAAUAAAUUUUACCCAAACGUCUCUCCCAGAUGCGAUAAAUGUUUGUUUCAAAAUGCUAAUAUAACACAUUCAUUUGUAGGAUGUAUAAAGUUGAAUACAUUUUGGAGCGAUAUAUUUGAUAUAUUUACAAAGCUUUUCAAGUCAAGAAUAGAACCUAAUACGGAAUGGAUUAUAUUUGGAAUAAUAGUAGAAGAUAUCAAUUUAAAUAAGGACCAACAUUUUUUUUUAAAUUAUUGGUUAAAAAUUGGAAAGAAAUUGAUACUUAAAUUUUGGAAAAAUACAGCCAUUCCAACUGUUAAAAUGUGGAUUAGGAAUAUGACGGACAUAGCACGCCUUGAAGAAAUGAGACUCCGACUAAUAGAUAAAUAUGACCAAUUCUUAAGGAGUUGGUCCUCUUUUAUCGACUUUUUUGGAAUCAUGUGAUGCAGCGGUACCGUAAAGAUUGCUGAUUUCAGGUCAGGUCGUGGAUAAAUUUACAUCUCCGAAUAAAGAUUUGAAAAUUUCUCUUUUAAGGGUCUUUUGCUCCUAUUUCUACUUUCCACUUUUUCUUUUCUUAUACACACACUUCACGUUUUUCUAUUUUCUACUACAGGUAAUAUCUUCUCUAAUUUUUUUUUCCCCUUCUUCUUGUCUUUCUUAUUUUCUUUUCAAAAACAUAAAACUAGAGGUUGUACAUAGAAUGUAUAAUUACGUUAUGACAUCGUUGGCACCUAAAAUUAGGUCCCACUGUAUUGUUUUG